AGGGCGACUCCGCGAAGGGUGGGCCCUCCAAGUGUCUUGUGUCUCCUAUCAUCCUGUCGUCCAGGAUAUCGCUUACGAAUGUCGCGCGAUCGAGCGAUCCGUUUGCGAUCCACGACGAGGCGCGAGAACGUCUCGGCGACGGCCGCGUAUCGACUAUCGACGAGCCGCGAUAUUAUCCUUGUCUGAGAGCCGACAUAACAAACGCGCUUCACGUACCUGUGUGUCGUCCUGAUGGACGUGCGGUCGUCCAAAGCGGACAAUCGCCGGGUCGCGUCGCGCGAGACGACGACGGCUUAAUCGUCGGCUCUAAUGGCCGGAUAUCUCCGAAUAUAAGCGAAUCCCGUCGGCGACGAGAGAACGACGUGCGGUUAUCGUUCGAAAAGUCGUACCUGGCUAGCUGGACUAGCCGCGGAAGAAGUGCCGCAGCGGGAGAUUUCUCCAGACGGGCCGACUCGAAGGAUGUCCGGCGAGACGGAAAUCGAGGUGUCGGUGGUGUCGGAGGAAGAUUUGGAGCUGGAGGGCUCCAGGAGCAGCUCCACGCCGGCGGAGUUGCUACUGCAAGAGAAGAACGGCAAGUCCGGUUGCGGCCUAAACAAUCACCAUCACUCGUUUAGUUUCGACACAGUGAGCAAGCCGGCGCUCAGGCCAGCCUGCAAUCCGCAAUACACGUCCUUCAGUAUCUCUAGCAUCCUCGGCAGACCGGAAUCUCCGCCUGUCGAUUCGACGACCUCCACGGGAUCAGGGGAGAGGCAAUCGUCGGACGUCGAUAGGACGUCGCCGUUGCCGCCGGCGAACUCGCAGAACUCGCAAAGAAUACCGCCGUCGUGCGGUAGUCCGGGGAGAAUCUCGUCCUCGCCCACGUCCCUAAGAUUAUCCGGCGGUCAGCGCGGCGGAUUAUCUACCAGCCACGUCUUAGAACCUAGAGCGAAUUCCACGGGUAUCGGUAUUGGAUGUGCUACCAGUGCUACAAGUCCGGCAGCGACCUUCUCGCCGCCCGGCGAUGCCUCUGCCAAUCCGUUACUGGGACACCAGGCGUCGGCGGAUCUUGCGAUGCUAUCGAGACUGAUAGCGAGUCGAUAUCCCGUCGGCAUUGGCGGUCUGUUCUACCCGUCGACGCUGCAGCAUCUCCACCAGCAGCAGCAACAACAACAUCAGCACCAUUCACGACUGGCCGCCGCAGCCUCGUCCGCCCUCAGCAAUGCCGUGCAGGUCGCUGGCCAAUCGCCGGAUAUCGUCGACGCCGACGGCAUUCGUGGUGUUCUACUCGGCGGCGCCGGCUGGCCGUUUCCAUGGAGGCCGGCGCACGGCCUGCAGACACUCGAGCAUCCCUCACCGAGCGACGUGGUCGGCACUCUCAGUCGCGUCAGUCCCGCGUCCGCGUCUUUCCCGCAGCGAGACGAACUCGACGACGACAACGGUGAUGAUCGCUUGCACCGCGCGAGGAGUCCGUCGAGCGGCGACGAGGCACACGACGAUCUCGGCGAGGCGGACGACUGUGCGGAUGGCGAUGGCGAAGGCGAAUCCACGUCGACGAGUCUUCACGGCACUUCGGUGGGAGGUAGCGGUGGCGGUGGCGGCGGCGGCGGCGGUGGUGGUGGAGGUGGUGGCGGUGGCGGAGGCAACGGCAACAACAGCGGCCAGAACAAUGUACAAGUUGGUGUGGAUGGUCGCGAAUCGAAUAGCAUUAAGCGCAAGAAGAAGACAAGGACGGUGUUCUCCAGGUCGCAAGUCUUUCAGUUGGAGAGCACGUUCGACAUGAAGCGCUAUCUCUCGUCGUCGGAGCGCGCCGGCCUCGCCGCCUCGCUCAGACUUACGGAGACCCAGGUGAAGAUCUGGUUCCAGAACCGGCGGAACAAGUGGAAGCGGCAGCUAGCCGCCGAGCUGGAGGCGGCGAACAUGGCGCACGCUACCCAGAGACUGGUCAGGGUGCCGAUCCUAUACCACGAGGCGUCACCGGUCACCGGCACUUCCGCCGGGGUAUCCGUGUCGGUGACGGCGCCGGGACCGGCGGGACCUCCGGUGCCGUCCUCGGUAGGCGCGACCUCCGCCCUGUCGCAUUCGGUCGGCGUCGGGGUCGGCGUGGGCGUCGGCGUUGGUGUCGGCGUCGGCGUCGGCACUUCGUGCGCGCCCACCACGGCGCAGCCCAUCUUCUAUUCCCAUCACCAUCAGCAUCACCAUCACCACCCGGCGGCGGCCCAUGUGCAGGCGCACAGUCUCCUGUCCCACCAGGUGCACCCGCAACCACCGCCCCCGCCACCGCCGCCGCCCAACGGCCAACCACCGCGGACGUCCUCGCAAUAACACCGUCCGACGACUUACGAGGGUAGCGUGCGGCUGCUGCGGGAGACGACGACUCUGAACAAGAUGAUCUCCGUAAACGACGCGGCGACGCCUUCUCGUUUGGACCGCGCCGUCUGGCUGAUCAACGUCGACGAAUGAACGCACGCUUGAUAAUUGGCACUCCGGGCCUCCGGUCGUCCCGCGACACUCCCUGAGACCGAUCCCGCGAUACCACGGACACACGACACGGCUGUCCCCUCGGCGGUAAUUCGAGAGCGUUGGAAUUCGAAAAUGGUUUUCUAAUGCGAACUCGCGACCGCGCGGGCAAUAUGGAUAAAUGUGAGUAUGCGCGAGGAAUGUAGAGUUUUAAUUCGCUUUUACAUCUCAAUUACAUAAGAGAAAUUAUCUCAUUAAAUCUAAUGUUAAAAGUGCACUUUAUUUUUUAUCGGACGAUGCGCUCUAGUGAUGAUUAUUUUAUUGAAAAAGUUCGUAUAAAUGUACGUAGGAUAUUUUCUCUUGUAAUUGUCCAUAUUCAUAAUUAUUUGAAAAGCUAGUGUAAGAUACAUUUUUGAAUGUACACUCAUAAGUAAGAAAGUGUAGAAAAAUAUUUUACUUACACAAAUUUCAGAUAUAAUACUAAAAACAAAAUUACAUUCACACAGAAUAUAAACUUAAUGAGUUGAAACUCUACGUUUUCUUAGCAUAACUUUAUACUCAUGUCUAUUCACAUCUUUUAUCCUUAUCUAGGAAAAUGUAAUCUCUUGCAAAUAAUUUGAUAAAAUUAUUUUUCAUAUUUGAUAAAAAGGCUUUAAGACAAUUCGUUUACCCCGAAAUAAAAUACCAAAAAAAUGUGCUAAAAAUAAUAUACAAUAUACGUUCUAGUAAUCAUAUUAUCGUAAAAAUAAUAGAUUCCCAAUUAUUAUGUCUAACUAACAUUGGACAAUAUCCCAUUUUUAGUAAUGUUAUUUAUCUCUUCGGGAAAACGAAAGACACUUUUGUCUUAUACCUUUUUCUACCGAGCCGUAAAAAUACUUGUGCUAGUCCGCGCAAUUAUGCAGGGAAUUAAACUGUGAUUAUAAUGAUUUUAUGUCGCUUCCUUGAGUCACAGGUGACGAAAGCUGGCCACGAACUCAUACGGUUUCCCUUCCAGUUUGUCAUCGAUGUAAUAAUAGCGCAUCGUGUCUUGUUGCUCUUAGUUUGUAUUAUAACGGGAUGCAAAAUUUCACAGUACCGCAAUCGACGGACGGAAAUUAGACUCUAUAUUGGAUUCUCGUAAUACAUAUAUCGAUUCUGAUAUAUAUAUAUAUAUAUAUAUAUAUAUAUCGGAGAGAUAUAGGAUCUUUGUAGAUAGUAUAAUGUAUAUUAGUAGCGAUUCUCUCUCUCUGAUUUUGCGCGCGAAGAAAAACAAUUCGCGCGAAUACGAGAAUGAAAAUUUUCGAACCGUCCCUAACUGUGCGACGCCCGUUAUCUUAAUUAUGAAUUUCGAAUCGUAUCCGUUUCUCUAAUCGUUUGUAAAUAACCCCUGUAAAUAAUCUUUGUGCAAAGUGUAAUUCGCGAUGUGGAAUUCUGCGCGCCGAGGGGCACGCGCUGUGAAUCGAUGACCGGAAGAACUUCGUUAAUAUGAUCCAAGGAUUAAAAUGUCGGUGCAACUUUGGCGAGUUGAAUUUUCAAGAGACAUGGAACAGUGAGCGCUUCACGCUUAACAUUGUAUUUUCAUCGUCACGGAUAUAAGCGCGGAGAUCGUUUCCGCGUGUCUACAGAAAUUUGAACUCGCUGGAAUUGCACUGGUAUCAAUACCUGAUGUAACCGGGAUUCGCUGUGGUUGUAAAAUUGAACAUAUAGACACACAGGCAGAGAUAGGCAUACGCAUAUAUGCACACACACACACACACACACACACACGCGCGCGCGCGCGCGCACACGUACACACACGUAAGACACAGGUAGGGUUCCUACGAUAUAUUCCACCUGUUGUGAUAAGUAUCUAAACGAAUAAUUUUAUAAACAGAACGGUAGAGUUACGAAAUUCCGCCUCUCUCACAUUAUAUAUCACCUAUCUAUAGACGUCAAUUAAGGAGAAGGUUCGCCGUACUGUGUUUUAUACGGAUAUUUACGUGAUCCGGGAUCUCAAAUUAUUGUACAGCCGAUCGUUUCGUAAUCGCUAAAUAAUGAUCGUUAAACCAUACAAUACACGUCGUUCGAGUUUUCUCUACUCAAGAUCUACGUCGAGCAGAUCCACAUUGGCGAUCGUCGAUCUUGUUUGCGAAGUAACAGGGAAAAUACGUAGAUUCGACGACAUACGGUGGGAUCGACGAACGAUCGAAUAAAAAUACGAAUAUCGUUUAAAUUGCGCUUUUUUCUACCGUGGUGCCCAUAAAGAGAUAGCAGCGAAACAAUGGAACACGCACCGAUGGCGUUCACAUAAAAAUCCGAAGUCCAGGAUUAAAAUUAAUUGUUGUUGCGGCUUCGCAAGGGGUCCCCGUGAACUAAACAAAUUGACACAGAGAUAAAAUGCAACGUUCCGCUUUCAAAAUAAAAUCAACCGACGAUUCUUUGAUGGAAUCGCCAUUCGAACGGAUCGAGAAGUGCGUCGGUUAAUAAAACCAUUGAUUCACAUUU